AUGCCGGAUAAAAAACUGCCCUUGGAAAUCUUCAAAUACGACUGGCCUUUCCCCCAGAAUCCCUCAACGUUUUAUCGAUGGAAGUCUCGGGCAGCAAUGUGUUUGGCCUAUUUUACGUCCAAGCUUAUGUUUCCAGGUAUGGCUUCAGUUGGUUAGCAUUUGAUUUUUAGUGCUGAAUAAGAUCGAUUAUAAAAAUCGCGAGGUCUUUAUGGAUGCUUUGUCGGAUACGAGUAGGCCUCUGUUGACAGUAUCUAAUCAUCGUUGUAACAUUGAUGAUCCUCUUAUGUGGAGUGAGUUUAUAACUUUGAAGAUGCGCAAGCGUCAAUUUUCAAUUAUUUCUCACCGAGUCUGAUGUAACCAGUAAUCUCAAUUUGAGCUGCCCUGAAGCCCUCCGAAUUUUGGCAACACAUUGACCGUUGGAGAUACAUCCUUACUGCCCAUAAUAUCUGCUUCACCAAACAAUGGCACACUACGUAAGCUCUGAUCUUCACCGUGCUCAUUUUGAUACAGAAUCUUUUCUUUAGGACGAUGUGUUCCUUGUGUCCGCGGCGCUGGAGUGUUCCAAGCGGGAGUUGACGAGUGUAUAGAUCAGAUGAAUAGUAAUGGCUGGAUUCACGUCUUUCCAGAGGGUCGGGUUACCGAAGUUCCGAUUCGAAUUAAAUGGGGGAUUGCGAGGAUGAUCUCGGAGGCAAAAACAGCUCCGGUCUUGCUGCCCAUGUGGAUUGAAGGAAUGAGUGACGUAUGGCCGAAACAGAAACCUUAUUAUCCAAGGUUUGGGAAGGUAAUGACUUUUUUCUUUGUUUUUCUACUUUUAGGUUUUGGCCAAUAUUAUGAUAGACAUUGAGAUUUUGAAAAAUAUAUAUAGAAAAUAAUGAUCGAUUGUGGCUGAUGAACCGAAGGUCCUGAAAAAAUUUUUUGUUCAUUUUAGAAGGUAACAGUAACAAUUGGCGAGCCUAUUGACACCACAUUUCUUCGAGAAAAGCAUAAAAACGAUGACGAAUUGACUCGACGAAAGGCGAUUGCCGACUUUGUGCAAGAAAAGCUGUUCUCCCUUGGUGGCGUUACUCCACAGCCAUCUGUAAAGUCUAUUCCACCUCCUGACGAAGGAGAAUCAGCGACAUGA